AUGUAAGUUUAAUAACCUUUUUAGUAGUAGAAUUAGGACCCUAAUGAUUUAGAGCACACUCCUGAUUCUAUUUUGAAAGCUGCUUGGUAAAAGAUUAACCAGAAUUCCAUUUAAUUACAAACAUAUGAAUAGCAAUUAAUUAAGAAAGACAAAGAAAUUGAGCAGCUUAAAGAGGAGCUAAAGAUGUAAUAAGAGUAUAGCCAAAAGGUUUAGUUUGAAGCUAGAUUAAAGUCUGAAAACAGACAGCUCUUUGAUUAAUUAAAUCAGACUUGCGAUGAAUUGAGAAGGAAAUUAAGCAAUCAAGCUUAUGAAAAAGACAGUGAAAUAAAUAGCUUGAGAGGAGAAAUUAAGAGAUUAAAUGAGAUAUUCAUGGGAUAUAAAGCGAGAGAUUAUCAGAUAGAGAAAUACAAAUUGGCAAUAACAAAUAUGGAUGAAAAUGAAAAAAGGUAUAAGGAUAUCAUAAGAGAUAAGGAUUCAGAGAUAGAUUAGCUAAAUAAGAGAUUGGUUAAAGGUGAUGACAAUUAAUACGAUGAGUUUGUUACAAGAAUUAAAGUGAUGGAUUAAGAAAUACAAAAUCUUCAACAUUUAAUUGUUUAGAAAGAUAAGUAAAUACUUGAUUCCAAAUAAAAGAUUUAAGAGCUAGUUGAAUUUAACAAGAUUGAGGCUGUUAAGAUAGAGCAAAGGUUAUCUCUUUAAUUUAAAUAAAACUAUGACACUUUAUUAAAAGACAAAUCAUAGCAAUUCGAAAAAGAAAUGAAAAAUAAAACUGAGGAAAUGAUCAAGUUAAAUAAUAAGGUCUAGUUCUAAGAAAAUAGAUUAACUUUAUUAGAAAACCACAGUAAUAAGAUGAGUGAAAUUACCACAAAUACUAAGGAAAUAAUUGAUGUAGAAAGAAGAUUUGAGAAGGUAAAGCUAGAAAAUGAUGAAUUAAAGAGCUUGAAGAUUCAUUUUGCAGAAGAAAUACAAAAUAUAAGAAGAUAAGACCAGUCUCGUCAUGAUUAAUAGAUUGAUCAAUUAAAAAGCCAAAUAAGUGCAUUAACUUCAUAAUUACAAUUUAUACAAAAAGAUGUUGAUGGAUUCUGCCAAGAAAUAUAAGCCAAAGACCAAAAAAUUUAGCUUUAAUAAAGGGAAAUACAAGCUCUUAAAUAAUUUGAAGCUAUUUCACAGAAAAGAGAGGUGGAGAUAGAAGGAUUAAAAGCAACCAUUAUAGUUCUAAAGAAAGAAAUUGAAAAACUGUACCCUAAUCACUCAAAAACUAAUUUUGAAGUAAUUCAAAAUGUAACAAAUUAAUAGAAUCAGUAUGAAGCACAGUAGUAUAACCCAAACAUACUUAACAACUCUUAUUAAAGGAUAAGUGUUCGUAGUAAUAGUGGAAUAAACGGUGCUAAUAAUAACAAUGUAUUAAGCUAAAGCAAUGUUAUAAAUGUCAAUAAUAUUGAUAACGCUUAUAGUUAUCAGCCUAACUAACCAGUUCAGUUUAGAAGUACUUUAUAACCUAACUAGUAUGCCUCUCAAACUAUCACUCAACAAAGAUAAACUUAUUAGUAUUGA